AACUGCCGCGGAAGAUGGCGGCCGAGGCGCUGAGUGGAGGGGAGCCACCGGCCUCCAACUCCUGCCGGAGUGAUGCCAUCUGCAAUUUUGUCAUUUGCAAUGAUUCUCCCCUUCGAGGUCAGCCUGUUAUCUUCAAUCCUGACUUUUUUGUGGAGAAACUCCGACAUGAGAAACCAGAGGUGUUCACUGAGUUGGUGGUCAGCAACAUCACAAGACUUAUUGAUUUGCCUGGAACUGAGCUGGCUCAGCUGAUGGGGGAAGUGGACCUUAAGCUGCCUGGUGGGGCUGGCCCAGCCGCAGGGUUCUUCAGAUCUCUAAUGUCUCUCAAGCGGAAGGAAAAAGGAGUGGUAUUUGGAUCUCCACUGACAGAGGAAGGCAUUGCCCAGAUAUACCAACUGAUUGAAUAUCUACACAAAAACUUGCGAGUAGAAGGCUUGUUCAGAGUACCAGGCAACAGUGUCCGACAGCAGCUUUUGAGGGAUGCUCUCAAUAAUGGGACCGAUAUUGACUUGGAUUCAGGAGAGUUUCACUCAAAUGAUGUUGCCACACUACUGAAGAUGUUUCUAGGAGAGUUGCCAGAGCCCCUGCUUACCCAUAAACAUUUUCAUGUACACCUCAAAAUUGCGGAUUUGAUGCAGUUUGAUGAUAAAGGAAAUAAGACCAGCGUACCAGACAAGGAGCGGCAGAUUGAGGCCCUGCAGCUGCUUUUCCUCAUGCUCCCUCCAGCCAAUCGGAACUUACUGAAGUUACUGCUUGAUCUCCUGUAUCAAACAGCGAAGAAGCAAGACAAGAAUAAGAUGUCCGCCCACAACCUUGCCCUUAUGUUUGCACCCCAUGUCUUGUGGCCCAAAAAUGUCACGGCAAAUGACCUUCAGGAGAAUAUCACAAAAUUAAAUACUGGGAUGGCUUUUAUGAUCAAACACUCCCAGAAACUUUUUAAGGCUCCUGCUUAUAUUCGGGAAUGUGCCAGAUUGUACUAUCUGGGCUCCAGAACUCCAGUGUCAAAGGAUGAUCUUGAUCUGACGACCUCUUGUCAUGGCAUGUCCUUCCAGCUGGCAAGAUCUCAGAAAUGGAACAGGCUCAAUUCUUGUUCUCAGCAGGAGGAGACCCAGCAGCAUACAGAAGAGGCACUGAAAGAACUCUUCCAGCAUGUUCAUAACAUGCCAGACUCAGCAAAGAAGAAGCAGCUUAUCAGACAGUUCCAUAAGCAGUCUUUGACUCAAACACCAGGGCGAGAGCCUUCUACUCCCAGGGUCCAGAAGAGAGCCCGUUCGCGCUCCUUCAGUGGGCUGAUUAAGCGCAAAGUCCUGGGCAAUCAGAUGAUGUCAGAAAAGAAAAACAAGUCCCCCACUCCAGAGUCUGUGGCCAUGGGUGAACUGAAGAGAGUCAGCAAAGAAAAUGUGAGCUUGUUUUUUUCCGGCUCUCCAACUGUCACAAUGACACCAACCAGAUUGAAAUGGUCCGAGGGGAAGAAAGAGGGGAGAAAAGGAUUCUUCUGAAGGGUCAGCUAGAGUUCCCCUGUUGUCCACGGUGAAGUUUCUCUUUAGUGGGACAGGUGUUACUUUUGUUCUCAGUGAAGUUUGCAGCUUGCUGCCUGCAUUUUGAAUUGUGAAAGCCCAUCAACCGUGACCGACUGAUACCUCUAACCCACUCACUGGAUGUCUUUGAAGCUGUGCCCCUGAGAGACUGCUCCGCUCUCUGUCACUGUCAGGAAACCACUAGACACCAGCCAGCUCACAUAGUGCCGUAGGUGGGCAGGCCCAGCUACGCUUGGUCAAUGUGCUCAGGUCGCUUCUGCCUCUUCAAAAUGGGGAGUUUUGUGUUUAAUUGUUAGGAAUAGUUCUUAAAAGCACUGUCAGUCCUAGUGGACUGUUAUAUUUUAACUGGUAUUUAGGGCUUUUUCCAUGUUGUUAGUGGUGAGUAAUUGUUUAUUUACUUGUUUUAAAAGCCAUUGUUUAGAUUCAUAACCUAAGUGGAUUCUAAGUUAAACGCCUUUGACCCCUUUUCAUUCUGAGAUUAUGAAAUCUCUGUAUCUUAUUUGUGUUCAAAGAAUUUAUAGCUUUUCUAGACAUUCUUUAUUAUUUCUUGUGUCUCAUAUAGGGGAUUUGACCUGGCAAUGAGAAAGAACUCAGGACAGUAUGUUUUGACAGAAUUCAGCUACUCAGCUGUACCCCAUGCCUCAUAUCUUCCCCCAGUGGUGUGAGAAUAGUUGUGUGCCGGUUAGCUUGUUUCCUCCGUGGGUGUGGUCUCACUGGAGACAUCUCUGGUGCCACUGCCACAUUCUGUGUCAGAUCCUGGGAAGAGUCACGAGCUGCCACAGAGCUUGCUGCAGUCUGUGUGUGUGGACGCUGAAGCGGUCCCAGGAAGAGCUGGCUCUGGUUGGACCUGGUCACACAUUCUUAGGUGUCAAAUAUGCCACUCAACACUCUCCUGAGAGCAGCUUGGACUCAGGAAAGGCAUGCGUAGCUGCCUCUGCAGGGCCCGUAGGAUUUAAUGAAGAAUUCCCACAGGAAGCAGUGUGGUGUGUCCCCGAGAUCUGGAGCAGUUGCCCACUGCCCUCUCCCUAUUGGGAUGGCACAGGAAUCAGGAGAACAGCAGAGCACUGCCCAGUGAGCAGCAGGUCAGGUGAGGAUGCUGAACUGUGUAUCCUUACUCCACUGUGGGGAUCCAGGCACACAGCAAAAGACGGUUUGCCAGCCUAAUGAUAGACAGUUGGAAAUGCUGUGUUGUUGUUGAAAUGAGAGCCGACUUUGGGGUAGCAGAGGCUGACUUUAUGUCUGUCUGUCAGUCCUCUCUCCCAUACUGUAUUGUAUUUGUUACUUUAACAGCAAUGGUGAAGGAAAGUGUGGUAUUUGGCCUUCAGCUGGAUAGUUUGGGAGCAGUGGAGGUGUUUUAGUUCCUUUCUCUAAAGGCGUUUCAGGUCAUUCUUAAAGAUCUUCAUCAGCAAAUCAUUUGUCUAGGCUUCUGUGUGGCUCUUUUUGUUGUUGUCACUAAGAAAAGGUGUAUUUCUUUUUAAAUAAAGUUCUUGUAGCAGGUAUAUAGUAAGGUUAAACAGAAAUCCUUUUGUAUUACCAAAUCAAAGACAUUCUCCCCAGCACCAAGUUUCCUUUAAGUGUCUUCCACCAUGCUGUGAUGUGGCCCUGGGCCGGGCCGGGCAGGGCCUUGAUGCGUCCCGGAGUUCUGAACUCUGUUAGAGACAGAGAGAGAGAAGGAGCAGGAUUGAAUGAGUGGAACUAAUGACCAGGCGUGGUCUGGUGAGGGUGUGAGAGAGAGGUUUACUCCAUGUACAUGCUUCUCUACGGCUGACCUCUUGGCAGUUACCACGUGUAUUUGGGAAUGUGUAUUUUAUUUAUUUAUUGGAUAGUCAUUCUCUUGAUUUAAGGGUAUUAUAGGUCAUUUUUUUCUUAAAGAAGCUGUGAUCCCAUGCAGAAUGAGCUUGAGGGACAGCAUAACCUUCUGUGUCUCGUCACAUGUGGCUGUUCUAAUCCUGUGGUGUUUCCUGGGGAAACUCAGACAAGAAUUCCAUCACUACUCCAGAAGCUUGCUGUCGCCCUUCUGAUGGGGACAGUUGCUGUUUUUGAGCCAGUAUUUAACUAAUGUUUUUAACCUGUGCCUUUUAUUUUUUAUUUUUUGAGACAGGGUUUCUCUGCAGCUUUG